AGGCCCCGAGGCCUGGCCAAGCGUGGACGUCCGGCCGGACCUGGGCCGAUGGAUGGACGGGUCGGGUGCAGGAUGCCUGCCGCUAGGAAACUCGGCCGCUCCACGCUGCGCAGCCUCGGCGACUUCACCGACUUCGCCUUCCAGGACUCCAAGAUGGAAGAGAUCCACAACUCAAAAAUGAGCUCCAGUCUCACCCGCCUGGCACCGGGUCCCGGCCGGUUCCUGCAGAGAAACGCGGCCCCCGCAGGCGAGCGCGCCUGCCUCGCCCAAGAGCAGGCCGGCCCCUCGGCCAGACCCCUGAGCACGCCAUCCACAGUCCGAGCCCACGCCGCGCUCAGGAAGCUGGCCCAGCUGGAAACAAAGAUCCGGAGCCGGCAGACGCCUGCCAGCUCAGAGCCCGGGACCCUGCAGAGCCGAGCCCCGGGGACAGCGGACAGGACCCCCUCCGCGGAUACCACGGCCAUGCCUGCCCCGCACCAGACAGACAGCAGCUUCCAGAAGGAAGGCUGGGAGAGUCCCCACAGCGAGAGGAGUAUCCGUCGGUUCCUAAAGAAGAAGGGACCCCCCGUCUCAGACACGGCACCUGCAGCGUCCACUGGCAAAGGAAAGGACUCCCGGCCACUCCUACCGCAAGAACCUGCUAGAAGGUUGGACUCUCUGGACAGUGACGAAGAGGAGAUAAGACACCUGCUGGGAAGCCUGAUGGAAUCUUCUAAGGAAACAGGAGCCCCCAGGGAUCCGGGCGUCGCUGGCGGUAAAGUCAAGGCGCAGAGCCCGGCUCUGCCAGGAACCCCGCAUCCGCCGAGGACCAAAGCUCCCAGCAGCUCCAAGGCGUCCCAGCCAUCACGCCGGCGCUGUGUGCGAUCGGCCCCACUUGUGACCCCGUCUCCUGGGCCGCCCGCUUCUGAGGACACAGCCUCGCACGCGUCAUCCGUGUCCAUCGUGGGCGCCUUCGUCAAGUCGGUGCCUUCCAAGAUGGGCCGCAUCAAGCUCGCGUCCUCCCCCAGCAGCGAGACAGGGCCCACCGAGGAGCCGCCGUCCGAAGCCUCGGAUGACAGCCUCGAUGACUCCAGAAUCAACCUGCUGUCCCUGGACGAGCUGGGCCCUGCGGCCAGUGCCGGGUCCGACACGGAGGAGCAGGCAGGAGGGGCCCUGAGGCCGCAGCCAGCGGAUGACAGCUGCCACACCGUGCCCUCAGCCGAGAGGCGGUCACAAUCAAGCUCACGGACAUCUGCCUGCGGUGGAGCCGCCUCCCAGGACGAGGACACGCCACCCUCUGACGGUGCCAUGUCAGAGCAGCUGAGUGCCAGCUUGGCCUCUGGCACCCCCCAGGACAGCACGGCCCGCACGCUGCCAUCGCCUGAGGCCCACACCCUGGCCUACUCCGAGGACUUUGAAAGCUCACCCAGUCCUUCGGUCAGCGAGCCCGCCACCCCAUCCCUGGAGUGUCCCGACAGAGCUGUGGAAGCCUGGUCGGAGUCCUCCUCCAGCCUGGGGCCACCCACCUGCACGGCACCCCGGGAGAAGGGAAGCAGGGCCGCGCACAGGGGCCUUGUCAAGGAGACAGCCGUGCAGACCCUGGACUGCGCGCUGACUUACCCGUGGACGGCAGCAGCCAGCCUGGCCGCCCUGGAAGGCGCCUGUGUGGACCCAGCACCCAUCGCAGGUCAUGUGAUCAGCGCAGACACGCUAGAAGCCCUGGCAGCGCAGCGCCCGGCCGCCGUGGCCCUGCAGGACCUGCUGAGGCAGCAGCUGACCCUGACGCAGAAGUUCAUUGAGGCGAGCCGGCACCUGCACGCGUCCCUGCUGCGGUCCCUGGAUGCUCACUCCUUCCACUACCACACCCUGGACGACGUCAGAGAGUACAUCAGGCGCCACCGGCCGCCGCCGCUGACCAUGGAGGACGCGCUGCGCGAGGUGCGGAAGGAGCCCUGAGCGCCUGC